CUUCUUUAUUUUUCCCCACGAAAAUCCACGCUCUCUUCCUGUCUCAUUUUCACAUCUGCAUUCAUCUGCUUUUUCAAAAAAAAAGACCGCUUUUGCGGUGUCCGAGACCGAUUCAGCUCCUUCUGAACUCGGUCCUAGGGCUUAUGAGAACAUGUCUCGAGUUGAGGCACUGUGGGAGAGAUUAGUCCGAGCCACACUGAGGAGGGAAAGGAUUGGUGAUGAUGCAUUUGGACGGCCCGUUGCUGGAAUUGCUGGAAACGUACCAUCUGCACUCGCCAAAAACAGAGAUAUUGAUGAGAUAUUGAGAGUUGCAGAUGAAAUUCAAGACGAAGAUCCUAAUGUCUCCAGAAUCUUAUGUGAGCAUGCUUAUUCAUUAUCUCAAAAUCUGGACCCUAACAGUGAAGGCCGAGGUGUUUUGCAAUUUAAGACUGGUUUGAUGUCUGUUAUUAAGCAAAAGUUGGCUAAGAGAGAAGUUGGAACUAUAGAUAGAAGUCAGGACAUUACAAAAUUACAAGAGUUCUACAAGCGCUAUAGGGAGAAGCAUAAUGUAGACAGGCUACAGGAGGAAGAGAAGAAAUUGCGGGAAUCUGGUGCCAUCAGUGGAAACCUUAGCGAGUUGGAGCGGAAGACAGUGAAGCGAAAAAGAAUUUUUGCUAGUUUAAGGGUUUUAGGCAUGGUGAUUGAGCAGUUGUCCCCAGAAAUUCCUGAAGAGCUGAAAUCUCUAAUGGAAUCAGAUUCUGCAAUGACAGAAGACUUAAUUGCUUACAACAUUAUUCCCUUAGAUGCUCCAUCCUUAACAAAACUCUAUUAUGUCUUUGCUUGAGGUUCAAGCAGCAGUUUCAGCUUUGAAGUACUUUAGGGGUUUGCCAGAGUUGCCUCGGAGUCAUCCAAUUCCUGCUGCUAGAGAUGCUGAUAUGCUUGAUUUCUUGCAGUGUAUAUUUGGAUUUCAGAAAGAUAAUGUCUCUAAUCAGCGAGAACACUUGGUUCACCUGCUUGCUAAUGAGCAGUCUCGGCUUGGAAUUCCAAAUGAGACAGAGCCUGUAAGUCCCAAAACCU